CGAGUCCUGUGUGAAAUUGCCGAGACGGGAGGGGGCCGAGCGGGAAACCGGCGCGUCUCCCCUUGUUGAGCCCACGGACUUCGACAGCCAUUCAAUGCUCCACCAAACGCUCACCCCUUCCUCCUUGCCCCCCUCCGUCUCCGCCUCCUCCUCGCCUUUCCUCCACGCCUCCGACGCCGCCACAGCGCCACCGGGUGGUUCCUCCCCCUCCUCCCCCAGCGUCUUCCCGCGAGGCUCCACCAUGCCUUCCCUCGCGCACCACCAUAGCCCCAUGGAUGAUGGGAGGAUGGGCGCGCUGAAGAGUAAUAAUGGCUUCCCGCCGGAGGAGACGGCGGAGGACGCCGCGGCGGCGGCCGCCGGUGCGUUUGUUGAGAAGGACGGGUUCUCGGUCGAGGACCUGCUGGACCUUGAGGAGUUCUGCGAGCCUGACAAGGAAAGUGCCGAGGACGUAGAGGCGCCGCCGCCUGCGGCCUCCGCCGCGGCCGAGGUGAAGUCGAACGAGGACUCCCAGCCGUUGUCGGUCGUGACUUACGAGCUCCCGCCGCCGCCACCGGAGAUUGUUGACCUUCCGGCGCAUGACGUCGAGGAGUUGGAGUGGGUCUCCCGCAUCAUGGACGACUCGCUCUCCGAGCUGCCGCCGCAGCCGCAGCCUUCCGCCGCGUUGGUGGCGUCCAUGGCGGCGCGGCCCCCGCUGGCGCAGCAGCGGCGGGCGCCGCUUGUGCACGACGGCGCGUACCGCGCGCUGCCGGCGGCGCCCGGCCCGCUGCGGACCCUGACCAUCUGCGCGCUGUCAACGGAGGCGCUGGUGCCGGUCAAGGCGAAGCGCAGCAAGCGGACGCGGGGCCCGGGGUGGUCGCUCUCUGGCGCCUCGUUCUUGUCCGACUCGGCCUCGUCCUCGUCGACCACCACCACCUCCUCGUGCUCCUCGUCAGGUUCGUUCUCGCCGUUCGUCCUCCUGGACUCGGUCCCGUUUGGCGGGCUGGAGCUGGGCGAGGGCUACUACAACCACUUCCUGCCGGCGCCGCCGUCCAAGAAGUCCAAGCACGCCGGCAGCAAGCACAAGCCCAAGAAGCGGGGGCGCAAGCCGAAGCAUCUUCCCCCGAACCCCUCCGCCGCCGGUGCGGCGGCCCAGCAGCCGGCGCCGGGCGACCGCCGCUGCAGCCAUUGCGGCGUGCAGAAGACCCCGCAGUGGCGCGCGGGGCCCGAGGGCGCCAAGACGCUGUGCAAUGCGUGCGGCGUCCGCUACAAGUCCGGGCGGCUGCUCCCGGAGUACCGCCCGGCGUGCAGCCCCACGUUCGUGAGCGACAUCCACUCCAACUCCCACCGCAAGGUGCUCGAGAUGCGCCGCAAGAAGGAGCCGGCCACCGCCGCCGCGCCGGCCGUCGCGUCGUUCUAGCUGCCCCUCUCUGGCAACAAGGAGGAGGCUGGCCACCAAGCAGCAGCGGUGGCUGUACAUUUUUUUUCCGGCCGUAGCCCUGUACCGUACCUGAAUUUCCCUCCCUUUUCCUCCUGCUAUGCUAGUAUCGUCGUCGUAGUGCCUUGGGUUAAUUAGAGUUUAGGAGCUUUCGAUUAGGUCUGGUUAGGUUUAGCUUUGGUUCCUGUUAGGGUUCUACUGCGACAGCAGCGGGCGCAGCACUAGCGCAGAACUUAAAUUUCUAGCAUUUCUAAAAAGGCAGCUUUUCUUUCUUCUUGCUUUCUC